AAGUCAGUUUGGCCAAUGAACACAAGCAGAUUUGCAGAUCACCAUGACCUCUUAACAGAAACCAAAAGGUCAAUAGAUACAGCCAUCUCUCAGCAAGCGUUUUAUACUGGUGAAUCUGUGUCAGCAGUGGAAAAGCAGUACCUGCAUAAUAGUAAUCUCAUACCACAACAAAAAAUAGAUGAACUUUAUCAUGGAUUUACUGGUUUAGACCUUGAAGAACAAUGGAUGUACCACUCACGAAGUGAUCAUUCUAACUGUUACAAUAUUCAGACAAAUGAUACAGCUAAGACAACAUUUCAAGAAUAUCCAUUUAUCAAAAACUGUUUUACACCACAGACUGGUCUAUCUGACAUCAUGAAAGAAUCUGGAGUUGAUACUUACUCUUAUGGAAGAGAGAAAAUAUGUGCUAAAGGUCUUGAAGCACCAUUACAGCAAAAGAGGGCAGAGAUGUUUCUUUCCCAAUUUAAUAGAUACAAUGAAAAUGCAGAUUACUGUAGAUACCCAGAAUAUGCUCAUCCUAAUAAGGCUAAGCUGAAUAAGUGUUCGAAUUCUAGUGUCCAGGAUAGUAAAAAAUUAGCCAGUGGCACACCUGAAACACCAACUGUAGAAGCAGACACCUACACAAAAUUAUUUCAGGUUAAACCAGCAAAUCAGAAAAAAAUGGAGGAGGCAAUACCUGACCAGAAUUUCACAUUUCCAAAAACUACACCACAUCUGACAGAAAAACAGUUUGCAAAGGAAGCAGCAUUUACUGCUGAUUUUGGCUUAAAAUCAGAAUAUGGACUAAAACCUCACACAGCUUAUCCAGCUAAUAAUGAUUUUGCUAAUGUCACAGAAAAGCAACAGUUUACUAAACCUGACCCCCCAAAUUCUGAGUAUUUUAAAUCAGUGAAUUUACUAGCAAACUCAGCAACAUCUUCAGGAGGUAUCUACUUAAACAGACCAACUUGGAUGAAUGUCCAAACAAAAAAUAACACUCCUGUUCCUUAUCGAAAUCAAGGUAACUUGAUGAAAUUAAAUACUCAUUUAAGUGCAGCUUCAAAAGGUCCUAACCAUUCUUCAGAUUUCCCCCAACUAUCAUCUACAAAUUUAACUCCAAAUAGCAGUUUAUUUCAGAAGUAUUGCCAAGAAAACCCUUCAGCAUUUUCUAGUUUUGAUUUCGGUUACAAUGGUGCAGAAAGAAUUCAAACUGUCAAUCACAUGGAAGGACUAACAAAGACUGGAGAAGAAAAUCUCUUUGACUCUGUUACCAAUAAAAAAAUAAAGCAGCCAAAUGGAUUUUGUGAUAACUAUUCAGCUCAGCAGUAUGGGAUCAUUGGAAAUGUAAACAAACAUCAUUUUCAAGCUAAGCCCCAGAGUGGACAUUAUGAUCCUGAGGAAGGGCCAAAGCAUUUAGAUGGCUUAUCUCAAAAUACAUAUCAAGAUCUGUUGGAGUCACAGGGUCAUUUUAAUAGCCACAGACAGGGAAGUGGAGACAACAAUACUAAUAGCCGUGUGAAUCGCACACAGGCAUCAUGCUUUUCUAAUAAUUAUAUGAUGGGAGAUGUAAGGCAUAAUCAGAGUUUUCAACAACUUGGUUCAAAUGGGUUUCCCCUAAGGUCCACCCACCCAUUUGGCCAUUCAGUUGUUCCACUGUUGGAUUCCUAUGAUUUGUUUUCUUAUGAUGACUUAAGCCAUUUAUACCCGUAUUUUAAUGAUAUGAUGUAUGGUGAUAAUUCCUUUUCUGGUUUCGUGCCAACUUUUGGAUUUCAAAGACCAAUUAAAACCCGUAGUGGAUCAGCCAGUGAGCUUCAUAUUCGUCUAGAAGAGUGCUAUGAACAAUGGAGAGCAUUAGAAAAGGAAAGAAAAAAGACUGAAUUGGCCCUUGCCAAGAUUUAUCCAGGGAAAAAAGUAUCCAGUACUAAUAAUACUCCGAUUCCAAGGCUGACCUCCAACCCAUCUAGAGUUGAUCGCUUAAUUGUGGACGAACUUCGAGAACAAGCCAGAGUUGUGACUUUACUGGGCAAAAUGGAACGGCUUCGAAGCUCUCCCCUUCAUGCCAAUAUCUCUACAGCUCUUGAUAGACACCUGGAGUCCAUUCACAUUGUACAGUCACGUAGAAAGGACGAAAUUGUUAAUGCUUCAAAUCGGCAAAGGCAAGGGGUUCCUAGAUGCCAAGAUGACAGAGAUGUUUUUGCCCUUGCUUCAGCAAUUAAAGAGAUGUGUGUGGCUACUCGGAAAGCACGCACUACCCUGUGGUGUGCACUGCAGAUGACCUUACCAAAAACAGCCUGUACAGCUGGCCAAGCACAUGUGGAAAAGGCUUUACAAGAUAUAGUAAACUGUGAAGAUAAAGUCCAUGAGAGCCUAAAUAGUAGCAAUCCAAUGAACCAGAGAGGUGAAGCAAACAAACAUUAA